ACGUUUGUAACGAUGGAGGCUCUGUCAUCUUUAUCAGUGUUCGAGUCGUUAGUGAUCACCUUGAUCGUCAUCGGUUUAAUAAAGAUUGUGUCAAUAAUACAGUAUCAGCGCACUUACUGGAAGAAACGUGGUGUACCGUACACGGAAGUGACACCAUUGGUUGGAAUUAUAUUUGGAAUUACAUUACGUCGCAAAAUCAUUUCAGACUACAUAAAAGAAAUUUACCAUGAUCACCAGAAUUCAAGGUAUUUCGGAGUCAUGGAUUUCGCCACGCCAACCAUUAUUAUACGGGAUCCAGAGUUGAUCAAAGAUGUAGCUAUAAAGCACUUCGACCAUUUUCCGGAUCACCGAGGCUUCGUCACCGAAGAAAUGGAUCCAAUAUUUGGGAAGAACGUCUUCUCUUUGAAAGGUGAUCGUUGGAAAACGAUAAGGAACACUUUGAGUCCAUUCUUCACGGCUAGUAAGAUGAAAUUCAUGUUCGGUUUGGUGUCCAAGUGUUCCUACGAUUUCGUCGACUAUUUCUACAAUCAUCCAGAAUGUUGUUCGAUGAUACGAAGCAAAGAGGUCUUCACGAGAUACACGAACGACGUGAUCGCUACGGCAGCUUUCGGGAUAACCGUGAACUCUUUGAAAGAUCAGGACAACGAGUUCUACAAGACAGGAACGGACACGGCUAAUUUCAUGGGUAUAUUGCGAACAAUGAAAUUUCUAAUGUUUCGUAUAAGCCCUCGCCUGACGAGAAUGGCAGGCAUAACGUUCUUGUCGCAAUCGUCGUCGAAUUUUCUGACGAAAAUUAUAUCCGAAACGGUGAAAAUACGAGAAACCAAAGGCGUCGUCAGACCGGACAUGAUCCAUCUUCUGAUGCAGGCCAGGGACAAAGGGACUACUCGAAUGACCAUCGACGAUAUGGUCGCUCAAGCGUUCAUCUUUUUCUUGGCUGGAUUCGACACGUCGUCCACCUUGAUGUGUUACCUGACUCACGAGCUGGCUAUGAACCAAGACGUCCAGGAAAAGCUACGGAAGGAAGUGGAUCACUAUUUGGCCGAAGGAAAGGGUGAGAUCUCGUACGAGGCCCUGAUGAAAAUGGAGUACAUAGAAAUGGUAAUAUCGGAGAUACUCAGGAUGUAUCCUCCAGUACUGUUCAUCGAUAGAUUAUGCGCGGAAAAAUUCGAAUUGCCUCCAGCUGGACCUGGUCACAAGAGCGUAGUUAUUCAACCGGACCAAAACAUCUGGUUCCCUACUUAUUCACUGCAUCACGAUCCUAAAUACUUUCCUAAUCCCGAGAAGUUCGAUCCCGAACGAUUCAGUAAAGAAAAUAAGGACAAUAUAGUUCCUUAUACUUAUAUACCGUUUGGAAUUGGACCUCGAAUGUGCAUUGGCAAUCGUUUCGCGUUGAUGGAAACCAAGCUUCUGAUAGUACAUCUUUUGCAGAAGUUUAUAAUAAAGCCUAACGAGAAAACAAAACCUAUAAAGUUUAAGAGAGGCACUUUUCAACUUAUUCCAAAAGAUGGGUUCCUGGUUAGUUUUGAAAAAAGGGAUAGUUAA